UGGAAAAUUCGGGUGGAAGUAGGUCUUCCGUUGGGUAUUUGUCUGCAUCUGGGGACUUUCCCUUUGGCGCGCCAGCCCGGGUGGUGGGACCGCCGCUCCGCGCCCUGCGUUGCUCCUCACUCCCGCUUCUGCUUUACUUACUUCUUUCCCGGGGCUUCCUCUCCCGGCUUCUUAGCCAGACUGAGUGCGGUUCAAGUUUGGCCUCUUUCUGGGAGAUCCGCGCGGCUGACCGGGUCGGGACUGUGACGUUGCACGUGCUGUCGGGCCCGGGACGGGGCUGGGUUCCCUCUGGCCUUCCCUGGGCUGUGGGAGCCUCGCGUUGAUCUUGCCCGGAGUGACCCGCGAGAUUCUUAGCGUCCAAGGUGGGCUAGUCCGGGUGUGUCGGACUUGAGGACUUCAGAGCUGUGACCGUUGCUGAUGACCUCAGCUGUAUGCAGAUUUUAUUUGUUUAAGAGAGAGUGAGACCAAGAGAGAUCAUUCAUAGAGGGAGACGGAGAGGGAGAAACCGACUCACCCCUGAGCAGCAAGCCAGAUGUGAGGCUGGAUCCCAGGACCUGGAUCAACCAACUGAGACACCCAGGCGCCCCUGGAUAUUUCUCUUCUUGGUGAUAUUUGUCUAGGUUCAUGAAUUCAUGAGGAGGUUGAAAAUGGUUCUGAAGCAAAAGCACCUGGAUGAUUGUCUGCGACAUGUAUCUGUAAGAAGAUUUGAAUCAUUUAAUCUGUUUUCAGUAACAGAAGCCAAAACAAGGGCAACUGAAGAGGAAGUUGGUGCAUGGUUCCAAUAUACAAGUGUCUUCUAUCCUGAGUACAGCAUUUCUCUAAGGCAUAAUAAUGGAUCUUUGAAUGUUGAAGAUGUUCUUACAAGCUUUGACAAUACAGGAAAUGUUUGCAUCUGGCCAUCUGAAGAGGUUUUGGCUUACUACUGCCUCAAGCACAGUAAUAUAUUCAGGGACCUUGCUGUGUGUGAGCUAGGGGGUGGCAUGACAUGCUUGGCUGGGCUCAUGGUUGCUAUUUCUGCAGAUGUCAAAGAAGUUCUGUUAACUGAUGGGAAUGAAAAGGCCAUCAGAAACGUGAGAGACAUCAUCACAAGGAAUCAGAAGGCUGGAGCAUUUAAAACUCGGAAAAUAUCAAGCUGCGUUUUACGAUGGGAUAAUGAGACAGAUGUCUCUCAACUGGAAGGACAUUUUGGCAUUGUUAUGUGUGCUGACUGCCUGUUUCUGGACCAAUACAGAGCAAGCCUUGUUGAUGCAAUAAAGAGAUUACUCCAGCCCAGAGGGAAAGCAAUGGUAUUCGCCCCACGCCGAGGGAAUACUUUAAACCAGUUUUGCAAUCUAGCUGAAAAAGCUGAUUUCUCCAUCCAAAGACAUGAAAAUUAUGAUGAACACAUUUCAAACUUCCACUCCAAGUUGAAAAAGGAAAACCAGGGCGUCUAUGAAGAAAACCUUCAUUACCCACUUCUGCUUAUUUUAACCAAAAAUGGAUAGAAGAUUCAGCUGCUCAAAAGAUGAAGAAAACACCAAGUUCACAGGGAAUAUUUUCCCCAAAACAGAAAUCUGUGAUGGGUAUGAUGUGCAGCGAGCUUUUGGCUCCCCGAGAUCUGUGAGCCCCCCCACAACAUUCGCCACAUCCCACAUGUGGGCUAUAGGGUCCACCUGUCCUCACUCACAUCAUUCCCCAGCCCUCCUGGACUCCUCUUUUUUCAUCUGCUCGUCUUGUACCAAACCUUUGUUUGUUUUUAAAUAUCUACAAACAACCUGGGAUUUGAAUUGGACUUACAAGAAACCUAAUUUUUUUCCUCCUAAUUGUGACAGAAUUUCUUUUGGUGAUUCCCACCGCCCUUUUAAAAAAAAACUAUCUCGGUCUUUGUUCUGUUCUGGUGGUGGCACUUUUAAAUCUGUAAACAAAAGCAAACAUCCUGAUUCUUUCCUGGUUAAAAAAAAAAUUAAAGCAUAUCAUUCUCAUCUCCCUCAAAUUAAUUGUA